UUCUCUCAGAGCUUUUAGAAAGCUUUGUUUUUUGUCGAUACCUAAAGGAUAUACCAGAAGUAUCGAGUAAGUACCAGUAUCGAUACUUUGUCCGCAAUACCUUACAAAUCAGCAAACCUUGUUUCUUCAUUUCUUGCCUUCUUAGAACAACGAUGAACAAAAUGGUGAAAGGCGGAAUAUUCACCUCAGUCGGUAGACACUUAGAAAAGCUCUCUUCUGGGCUCAAAUUGAAACCGAAGUGGAACGUCGUGACCGCUGUCGGCGAAGUCAGCCAAAUGCUGGAAGUGCCGAAAACCCUGGAAAAGCCACCCUACUGGAAAACUGGGGUGCCUCCUCCUUCACCAGAAACGCCAGAACUUAAAACAGCAGAACAACUUCGCAAUUUAAGGUCCUCUUGUUCACUCGCUUUCAGUAUUCUCCAACACCUGGAAUCCUUUGUCAAGGUGGAUAUGACUACGGAUGAAAUCGACAGAGAGGUGCACAGAAUGUGCCUUGAGAACGACGCGUAUCCUUCGCCCUUGAACUACUCCGGUUUUCCCAAAUCGUGCUGCACAUCGGUGAACAACAUCGCUUGCCACGGGAUCCCCGAUUCCAGGAAGCUGCAGGACGGCGACAUCAUAAACAUCGAUAUCACAGUUUACAAAAACGGCAUGCACGGCGACUGUUCGAGAAUGUACAAGAUCGGCUAUGUUGACGACGGCGGGUCGAAGCUAUGUGAUGUCACCUAUGAAGCAGUUGAAAGAGCUGUCCAUAUAUGUGGACCCGGUGUUCCUUAUUACAAAAUAGGGGAGGAAAUUGAAAAAUUUGUCGAAAGCAAAGGACUGACUGUAAUACCUUGCUUUAUCGGACACGGCAUCGGCUCGUAUUUCCAUGGUCCUCCCGACAUCUACCACCACAAAUUUGAAGAAGCAAAGCUGCUCGGCAACAUGACCCCUGGAGUUGCUUUUACAAUUGAACCUGCAGUUGGAGAAGGAAAAAAAGAUAUUGUCAUACUUGAGGAUGGUUGGACAGCUUGUACACUUGACGACUCAAGGGCCGCUCAGAGCGAAUUAACAGUAUUUAUCAAUAGCCAGGGUGUUGAGGUGUUAACUAAAUAAAACAACGUUUUUAAUAUCCUUUAGUAUAUACCUGCUGUAGUCAUAUGAUAAAUAAAAUAUUUAUCUGUUUUA